UGAUCAACUCGUUAACAUGGUGUAAUUGGGACUUUGCACAACAGUGACACGGCCAAGUAUCUUUCAAACCCUGUGGAGCUCCUCCGAGGGUAAAUAUAGAGCUUCACUGCGGCUCCACCUCAGAAGUUUGCAGACAUACGCAUCGAUAUCACAUUACACGUCAACACUACAGCUCUUACCGGCACUCUGUGCUGGACCCAAAGGACCUCGGAGAUCGCGCACCAGAAGGUCAAGUAGGCCAUGGCACCAAAACAGAAGCGCAAAGCACGCGCACCAGAGACCGAAGCUCCCCGAGCCAGCAAAAGAGUUAAGGCAGUAAGCGAGUCGGUGGAGGAACCUGAGCAAAAAGCGCCAACGACCAGUAAAUCUGCUAAAGUCAGUUCUGACGACCAAGCGCGCCCUGAUGAGGUGCAGGAUGACACAACAACUCAGCCCGACACGUCGUCAAAACAAACUACUGGAAGCAACGACAAAUUUACGUCUUUCGAAAUGCCCUCGGGCUCGAAACCAAUACCCUGUAUCCGCAGUCACCCCGCCGAGGCGGCACCGAUAUCACUUGUUUUCACGCACGGCGCUGGCGGUGGGCUAUCUGCUCCCGCAUUGAUGAACUUUGCACGAGGUUUCGCAUCGACUGGCUCACCCGUCGUCUGUUUCCAGGGCAACAUGAAUCUCAAAGCCCGGACACGCAGUUUCGCUACGGUGUUGGAUCACGAGAAGAAACAACGCAAAGCCGAGAUGACAGUAGCAUAUGGUGGACGGAGUAUGGGUGCACGCGCAGCGGUGCUUGCGGCACAAUCGGACGAGUCGAUCAAGACGCUUGUGCUGGUCUCGUAUCCACUCAUCGGACCUGGCGGGGCCGUUCGAGACCGGAUCCUGCUUGACAUCAAGUCGGAUGUGGAUGUGUUGUUCGUCUCGGGUGAUGGAGAUUCCAUGUGCGACUUCCCCAGGCUGGCUACGCUGAGGAAAAAGAUGAAAGCGAAAAGUUGGAUGGUUGUGGUGGAGGGGGCGGAUCACGGGAUGACUCUGAAAGGUGGGAAGAAGUGGAAGGAUGCCACUGAGGAGGUGGCCAAGGAGACUGGGAGGAUUGCGGCGAGGUGGGUAGAGGCUAGAGACGAAGAGCACAAAGACAUGACGUUAAGAUGGAACGGAGACAAGCCUGCGGGGAGCUGGGUCGACGCGGACGCCCAAGGACAUCAAGAGCGCGAAAAGGGCGGCAUCGAAAAGUACUUCGGCAAAAAGGAGGGGGAAGAAGAGCAUACAGAGGCUGUGUCCGGGACGAAGAAGAAGCAGAAGAAGGGGACUGCUGGUAAAGCUGAUUGAUAUAUGGUGCUUGAAGGGUCUCGACAGUGCAGUCUUUGUUGCUGAAUGGAGACUAAGCCAUUGAGCUCGAUAUGGGUUGAAUGCUGGUCGGCACGUUGUAUCGGAUGUCGCAAAGCCGUGGUCGGUCCAGCCGAAUAAGUGCCGCCUUUUGUGCUUACAUGUAUAAAUGUUGGUGGUCAAUCCCUGAUGUGGUGCCCCUUGCCUUCAGCUGCGUUGUCUAAAAGUACAUCUAGGAGCAGUUAUAGGCCAAUUCAGCCUGGUGUUGAAUGUUCGGAGCCUUAUCAUGCAGACGAGGCUGUGGAAACCUACAGCGGAGACCGAACCCAUAGUGGGGCAGAUAACGAAGCCCAAACUGUCACGCCAUCAAAUUCAUGCUUCUCAACAUAAUAAUG